AUGGAUGCUGUGGAACUUUCCAGAAAGCUGCAGGAGGAGGCAACAUGCUCCAUCUGCCUUGACUAUUUCACUGACCCUGUGAUGACCACCUGUGGCCACAACUUCUGCCGUGAGUGCAUCCGGCUGACCUGGGAGAAGGCCAAAGGCAAGAAGGGCAGGAGGAAGCGCAAGGGUGUCUUCCCCUGCCCCGAGUGCCGCGAGCUGUCCCCCCAGAGGACCCUGCGGCCCAACCGCCUGCUGACCAAGGUGGCUGAGAUGGCACGACAGCACCCGGGCAUCCAGAGCAGGGAUCUGUGCCAGGUGCACCAGGAGGUGCUCAAACUCUUUUGCGAAGAUGACCAGAGCCCCAUCUGCGUGGUCUGCAGGGAGUCCCAGGAACACCGGCCUCACAGAGUGGUCCCGGUGGAGGAGGCUGUCAAGGAGCACAAGGGCAAGCUGGAGAAGUCCCUGGACCACCUGCAGAAGCAAAUGGAAGAUGCCCUGCUGUUUCAGGCUCAGGCGGAGGAGACCUGUGCCCUGUGGCAGAAGAUGGUGGAGAGCCAGCGGCAGAAUGUGCGUGCAGAGUUUGAGCGGCUGCGCCGCCUGCUGGCAGAAGAAGAGCAACGGCUUCUGCAGAGGCUGGAGGAGGAGGAGCUGGAGGUGCUGCCCCCGCUGCAGGAGAAUGCUGUCCGCCUUGGGCAACAGAGCGCCCAGCUAGCCGAUCUUGUCGCUGAGCUGGAGGGGCGCUGCCAGCUGCCGGCGUUGGGACUCCUGCAGGACAUCAUGGACACCCUGCGCAGGGUCCAGGAAGUGAAGCUGCAGCCACCUAAGGUGGUGCCCAUGGAGAUGAGGACGGUGUGCAGGGUCCCGGGACUGGUGGAGGCUCUGCAGAGGUUCCGAGGGGACAUGACGCUGGAUCCGGACACUGCUAACCCCGAGCUGGUCCUGUCGGAAGACAUGCAGAGUGUGCGGCGGGGGGACCUGCGGCAGCCCCUGCCUGACAGCCCUGAGCGCUUUGACCCCGGGCCCUGUGUGCUGGGCCGGGAGCCCCUGAGCUCCGGCCGCCACUACUGGGAGGUGGAGGUGGGCGAGCGGGCCAGCUGGGCCUUGGGUGUCUGCAGGGAGAAUGCUAACCGGAAGGAGAAGGGUGAGCUCUUUGCAGGCAAUGGGUUCUGGAUCCUGGUGUUCCUGGGGGGCUUCUACAACUCCUCUGAGCGGGCCUUUGCCCCCCUUCGAGACCCACCCCGGCGUGUAGGCAUCUUUCUGGACUAUGAGGCUGGGCACCUGGCAUUCUACAGCGCCACCGAUGGGUCACUCCUGUAUGCCUUCCCUGAGACGCCCUUCUCAGGGACGCUUCGGGCCCUCUUCUCACCUCUGUCUAGCAGCCCCACCCCCAUGACCAUCUGCCGACCCAAGGGAGGGCUUGGGGAUGGGCUGGCUUCCCAGUGAGCAGGUGUCUCAUGCCUUUGUCCUGCCUUUGAGUCUUCAAGGGUAUCCUGAGCCACAGGAAGAGCUCCCAAUGCCACUUUGUGUGCUUAGUAAAAUCCCUCUACCUCUGUCAUCCCCGGGAAGCCAACACUGUGGGGCCAGCACCAUCUCCCAGGUGACCUUCCAUGGCCAUCUGAUGUCACCAGUGCAUUGCUCACAGUCCUCUGCAUAGCCCAAGCCAGGGUCCUGGGGAGCUGUGUUUGCAGGAGCCCAGCUGGUCAGCGUUAAGGCCAGGGCCUGUGGAACUUUCUGAGGCUUCAGCCUGAGUCCUUGACAGCCCCAGGGCUGUAUCCCCAAAGAGCUGCUGUCUUGCGGCCUGCUGGGAAGAAGGUGAGUCCGUCAGCCUGUCUCAGGGCCUGGUCCUAGAAAAUGGUGCUGGAUGUGGAUGCCCCAUUAAUCGGGGUGCAGCAGUCAUCAGGAGGCGGGGCGGGGCAUGGGAAAGGCCAGAGGAAGAGUGCUCAGGGCAAAAGGUACUACAUAAGGGGUCUGAGGAACCUGGGUACAAGCCCUCAAGUCCCCCAGCAUGGGCCACUGUGGGCUUCUGCAGAAUGUUCCUUCCCACCCCAGAGCUGAGCACUAGCUGAGAAAAGACUGGCCCUGCCUGGGGAAGGGGUGAAGCUGCGUAGACCGCCCCCCCACCCCCACCACUUCAAUCCAGGAUUUCUGUUGGCUUGUUUUGGUGCUUUUUCACAAGGUGUGUACCCCAAGAUUUUAUCUGUGGUAAGGACCAUCCUUACAGUAAAUAAACUAACCAUUGUCUGUGAUGCCACUUGUGAAUUGGAUGGGAGAGUCCAUGGGCAAAGGCCUACCAUCCACUGCAAAUUUGGGGACACAGUGGCUGGCUGCAUUUCAUGCAACUGCCAUGGGAUUCUUUUUUUCAAAUAAUCUGAUCAACAGUUCUAGGCUCCAUGGUGUUCCAUAGCUAGUUACUUGAUUAUUUAUUUGCUCAUUCUCCUAUUGUUGGACUUUUUUUAAAUGUAUGUACCACUUUGAACAAUUCCUUCAAAUUAUGUACCCGGGAGGUUUUUCCUCAGUCAAGCCAGGAGUCUGCCACUUUUCUGGCUGGGGAGGUUUCCCCAUCUUUUCCCAGUUGACUGCCUACUGUUUCACUUCCUGUUGAGAAUCUGAGGUACUGGUUGGUUCUUGCCUGAAGCAAGAUUUGGACUUUGGGACUUCCUUGAUGGCCACCGGCUGCCAGAAGGUGAGACAGCCUCGGUGAGAGUUUGGAGGAGCACACGACUGCCCCAAGAACAGCAGGAUGGACACCUAACCAAGGCUCAGUGUGAGGGAGGGAAAAUAUUCCCUCCACCCAUCUGAUCCCUGUUUGGAACCUGGUAAUAAAAGAUUAAUGAGACAAAGAAGUUUAUUAACACAUGCACCUCCUGCACAUGGGAGACACGCAGAGGAAAUGAGUAACUCCAGCAGCAGCUUAGAAGUCCGGCUUCUGCAGCCACUGCAGUAAAGAAGUUUGUGGGAAAUGACAGUCCGAAGCAGUACCAGGGUAGGGGCUGGUUGGGGGAUUUAUGGAGAUUCCCAGAGCCAGCCCCAUGCUGAGGGAUCUGAUUGUCUCCUGUGACUGACUCGGUCCUUUUAGGCAGGGGGAGGACUUGCAGCUUCUCUACUAUCUGCAUAUCAACUGCCUUUGGCUCAAAUGAUCCUGUUGCCAAACUGGGAAGUUUGGGAAGGAAUGUUCACAUAUCCAUCACCAGGUGACAGAAGAAAUGAGCUUAGUUGAUGACCACACACACAUGCUGAGUGCACUGUCCAUGCAUUUUACCUACUGAGUCAGCAGACCCUGUGAUAGCUCUUCACUCUUCUGUGCAGCAUGGACCACAGUAAAAAAGAUUUUGCCCAUGUAGCUGAUACCUCAGAGUGGCUAAGAGCUACAAAGAUGUGUCCCAACAAGUAGUGUCUCCCAACACGAGCAGCAGGUGUCUUUGGCACUGCUAGUGGGAUCUCCUGUAUUACCAUGGGGUGCCCCCCUACACUACCAGGGGGUGUCUCCAAUACUGCUACUGGGAAGGGGACCUGGCCCUUGGUGGGUCUGCUUAGGGCCCGUUGGUAGUAUGUGGGUUCUUGACUUUAUGCAGGAAAGAUUUCACAACACAAGUCCAGGUGAAUUUUAGAGGACGUUUAUUAAAGCUGGGGACAGUGAAGAGAGGGCCGGGGAAAUGAGCCUAGGUCGGGCUGCUUUGGCUCACUAAGAAGUCAGAAAAGGGGGGCCUUGGGUCGGGUUCUGGGGGAUUGUUUGGGAUGAAUUUGCUGCCCUGGUUUGCAAGCCUGGUAGUGUCUGUUGAACUACCAGUGGAUGUCUCCUGCACUAGCACUCUGUCCUCUGCCUGUGGAGAAGAGGGCUGGGGUGGGGGGAGGCUCAAAACACUUUCUAAUUGUUAUUGUGAUUUCUUUUUUGGCACCUUGGUUAUUUAGACGUAUGUUUAAUUUCCAAGUAUUUUAGGCUUUCCCAGAUUUCCUUCUGUUGACUUCUGAUUAAACACCAAUGUGGUAAAAACA